ACGAAGCCAAAGCUCACGCUCCUUUCUCUCCCUAUAGAGAUAAUAAACGAGAUCUCAGCAUACGUCUUCAGUUCUUCUGACCGCCUGGUUCAUAAAGGAAUCAAUCCUCAAAACAGCCACUUGGUCCUUCGGACUUGCGGAUACUAGCACCCGUACCCCCAAGAACGCAACACAAGCCUACCCAAAAACAUCCCGUUCGACAUAGAGGAUCUCUCUUGGGUGAAAGCCCUUUCAGGACGAAGCCAGCUGAAACGCGAAGCAAUCCAUGCUUUCUACAGGAGCAACUGUUUCGAUAUGUGCUUAAUUGGAUGGAGUGCCUACCCACCUCGAGAAUACAUGAUGUUCGUUGUCAGUGGGAAUGUUUUGGUGUUACAAAGGGUUCACCUUGACUGGUUUUGCACCAGUAAUCGAGACCAGAUCCAGUUCUUCUCGUGGCUUUCAAAAUACAACCACUCGCCAUUUCUCACCGUCUCUAUCGGUGAUACCGACCCACAUGUGAAGUUUCGAUAUUCGGAAGCUGCGAGGUCUUUCCCUAUGGUUUGCGAACGGAUAAUCGAAAUCUUACUUAAUGCGUAUGAUCUCAUCGUACUGGCAAAGCAACAGAAAGUUCGGACAAUGCCGUGUGGCGAGAUUGAUCGUGCAACCAUCUGGUACCUUCACUAUCUGGUACCUAGGAUCCCCUUCUGGUACAACAGACCCAUGAUAGACUCUGAACUAGCAAUUUCGCAGAAGAUAAUAGCCAUGGUUUCGGACCUCCUACCUGAUCUGAUGUCUGCAACAGAGGCACUCGACGUCCAAGGUGAAAACAAGGUCCAAAAGGAUUACAUCGUGCCUGUUCAGAGGAACAGGAAGACAAGGCCAAAGUUCAAUCGGCCCUGAUCGGAAGAGACGUCCAAGGGUUGAACACAGAAGAAAUAUUCGAAAGGAUUGUCGAAAAGGUAACGGAGGGCUGCGUGGAGUGUUUGGAAGACAUGAGCGACACUUCAAGUGAAUUGUCCGAGAUGUCGGCGGAAGAUUCAUAGUUUAAACGCGUUCAGGCUGCUUCACAAAGGCACGUGCGAAAACUUCU